CCGGCGUUGUGAAUGCACGUGUUUUCGCUUCAACUCACCUGGGCGAAAUCCAAAAACCAAAGCAAACUAUAAAACACACAAUAUACAAUAUCUUAAUACGAAAACACUGUGUUGUGCAUCAUACAAAAUAUGAUAUACUGAAAUACAUCAAAACAAAAAGAUACAAAUUUUUUUCAAGUAAUUUUUUUACAAGUGCGCAGAACAAAAAAAAACCAAGAACCAAAAAGUGUUUGAGAAUUCAAAAUAACUGGAGAAAAACAUAUAUUUUCUCAACACGAAUUUUUUGACAAAUUAUAAAAAAAAAACAACGUUUUUUCGAAGAAGAAUUUUAAAAACUCAAAAAACCCUGCUGAAAGGCACAUUUUUUCCAAGUGUUUCAAGGAAAACAGAACAUCAGACAACAGAAAAUUAAAAAAGGAAAUUACCAAAAUAAAAUACAACAUUUCCAAUUGACUAUUUUGAACUUGAAGAACAGAAAAACUUGCAAAAGACAUGAAGAGGGCCAAACAAAAGUUGACUUGAGCUCGGCUCAUGACAAAAUCAAAACUGAAAUUAAACAAUUUUUUUUUUUGAACGCAGUGGACGAGCGGCGAACAAACAUACACACACAAUUGGAUUAGUGUUUUGUUUAUUUCGGACCCACUGUGACUGUCCCUCGUCCACCAAUUGCAACACAAAUAAAAUCGUCGCGUGUCGCCGUCGCGUUUCGUUUCGUAUCGUUUCAAUCGCUUAUCGUUAAUCGCAAAUCGUCAAUCAUCCGAUAAUCCAUCAUGCCGAAGAUUUUCCUGAUCAAAAAUCGCCUGCAUCAGCAGCAACAGCGUUUGCUUGAAUCGCAAAACUUGCUGCAGCACAAAAGCCAGGAUGACGAGCGCCUGGUGCCGCCCCUCAGUCCGAGUGGGAGUGGCAGCGCCAACUCGCCCACGCCCACGCCAACGCCCACCGCCCAACCACCGCCGGAACCGCAAGGUCAGGGGCAACAGGUGCUCGGACAGGUGCCCGAUGCGGAUCAACAGCCGCUGAGCCUGACCCGCAAAAGAUUCCACCACCGUCGCCACUAUUUCGGGCAAUCGCGCCACAGCCUCGAUCAUCUCCAUCAGAAUGCGAACCUUAAUCAAGCACAAAAUCCUGCGGAAUUGGAAGUCGAGCGCGCCACUGGCCAAGUUCAAAAUGAAAACUUUGCGGCCGAAUUACUGCAGCGUUUAACCCCAAACGCCAACACCACCACCACUGUAGCUGCACAAAAUAAUAUUGUUAGGCCAAUAGUUAAUGAUUUGGUUAAUAAUAGCAAAGCCACCACCUCCGUUUUAGCCACAAAAGACUGCGCAAUUGAAAACUCCCCAAUUAGCAUACCAAAAAAAGAUCAGCGAGAAGAGGAAGAAGAAGAGCAGCGGGCAGCAGCAGCAGCAGCAGAAGAAGAAGAAGAGCAGGCUCAAAAGAGAGAGCAAGCGGAGGUAGAGAGAGAGGCGGAGGUAGAAGAGAGAGAGAGCAAAGAGGAAGAGGACGAGGAGGACGACGAAGUGGAUGUGGGCGUAGAGGCGCCACGCCCACGCUUCUACAAUACCGGCGUGGUUUUAACCCAGGCUCAGCGCAAGGAAUAUCCGCAGGAUCCCGAGCCCCGUGACCUUUCGCUCGCCCAAUCCUCGCCAGCUUCCCCGCCGCCGCCGCCGCCAAAUCCCUGUCACUCCGAUUCCGAUACCGAUACCGAUUCCGAUUCGGAUGGCGGCUGCAAGCUAAUCGUCGACGAGAAGCCCCCAUUGCCGGCGAUCAAGCCGCUUUCCCUGCGCCUGCGCAGCACUCCGCCGCCAGCGGAUCAGCGUCCCAGUCCGCCGCCUCCGCGCGACCCGGCGCCCGCCGUCCGCUGCUCGGUGAUCCAGCGGGCACCGCAGGCCAGCAGCCGGCUGGCCGGAUUCCUCCUGCCGCCGCUCGAUCAGCUCGGUCCCGAGCAGCAGGAGCCCAUCGAUUACCACGUCCCGAAGCGGCGGAGUCCCUCCGUCGACUCCGAUGAGGAGCUGAACGCCCGCCGGCUGGAGAGAGCACGCCAGGUGCGCGAGGCGCGUCGCAGGAGCACCAUUUUGGCCGCUCGCGUCCUCUUGGCCCAGUCGCAGAGGCUCAAUCCGCGCUUGGUGCGCUCGCUGCCGGGAAUUCUAGCCGCCGCUGCGGGUCACGGACGCAAUAGUAGCAGCUCCAGCGGUGCCGCCGGCCAGGGCUUCCAAUCCUCCGGAUUUGGCAGCCAGAACAGCGGCAGUGGUUCGUCUAGUUCGUCCAAUCAGAACGCCGGGAGCGGUGCUGGAUCACCGGGAUCGGGGGCCGGAGGAGGUGGUGGCAUGGGCGGCGGUCGCGACGGCCGAGGGAACUACGGACCCAAUUCACCGCCCACGGGGGCACUGCCUCCGUUCUACGAGAGCCUCAAGAGCGGCCAGCAGAGCACGGCGAGCAAUAAUACGGGUCAGAAUAGCUCGCAUUUCAACGGGAAUCCAGCGAAUUUUCUGCAAAACGCAGCAGCGGCUGCUUACAUAAUGUCAGCAGGAGGAGGAGGUGGUGGAGGAUCUUCCGGAGGAGGUGGCUCCGGAGGAGGAGGAGCUGCCGGCGGAGGAGGAGGCGGCUCCAGUGGUGGUGGUAACGGCAAUGGCUACAUCAAUUGUGGCGGCGUUGCUGGUCCAAACAAUAAUCUCGACGGUAAUAACCUAUUGAACUUCGCCAGUGUUUCUAACUAUAACGACUCCAAUUCCAAAUUCCAUAAUCACCAUCAUCAUCAUCAUCAUCAUCACAACAACAAUAAUAAUGGUGGUCAACCAUCCAUGAUGGGUCAUCCCUUUUACGGCGGCAAUCCCUCAGCCUAUGGAAUCAUACUGAAGGAUGAGCCGGACAUUGAGUACGACGAGGCCAAGAUCGACAUAGGAACCUUUGCGCAGAACAUCAUCCAGGCGACGAUGGGCAGCUCGGGUCAGUUCAAUGCCAGCGCCUAUGAAGAUGCCAUCAUGUCGGAUUUGGCCAGCUCCGGUCAGUGUCCCAAUGGCGCCGUCGAUCCGCUGCAGUUUACAGCGACUUUGAUGCUGAGUUCGCAGACGGAUCAUCUGCUGGAGCAGCUGUCCGAUGCCGUGGAUCUCAGCUCCUUCCUGCAGCGCAGCUGUGUGGACGACGAGGAGUCCGCGAGUCCAAGGCAGGACUUUGAGCUGGUGUCCACGCCCUCGCUGACGCCGGACUCGGUGACGCCGGUGGAGCAGCACAAUGCCAACACCUCGCAGUUGGAUGCCCUGCACGAGAACCUCUUGACGCAGCUGACCCACAAUAUGGCCAGGAACAGCAGCAAUCAGCAGCAGCAGCAGCAGCAUCAGCAGCAGCAACAGCAGCAGCAGCAUAAUAUGCAGCAGCAACAUAAUAUGCAGCAGCAACAUAGCGUGCAACAGCCGCCACCGCCCUCGUAUCAGCAUGCCACGCGCGGCUUGAUGAUGCAACAGCAGCCGCAGCACGGCGGCUACCAGCAGCAGCAGCAGGCCAUCAGCAGCAGCUACCAGCAGCAACAGUCGCACCACCAGCAGCAGCAGCAGCAACAUGCCGCUGCCUACCAGCAGCAGCACAAUAUGUAUGCCCAGCAGCAGCAGCAGCAGCAGCAACAUCACCAGCAGCAACAGCAUCACUUCCACCACCAGCAACAGCAGCAGCAACAGCAGCCGCAUCACUCGCAUCAUCAUGGCCAUGGUCAUGACAACAGCAACAUGUCGCUGCCCUCGCCAACUGCGGCUGCUGCGGCGGCUGCUGCUGCUGCUGCGGCUGCUGCAGCGGCCGCUCACCUACAGCGACCGAUGAGCAGCAGCAGCAGCUCCGGCGGCACCAACAGCAGCAACAGCAGCGGCGGCAGCAGCAAUAGUCCGCUCCUAGAUGCAAAUGCUGCCGCGGCAGCAGCGGCCGCCCUGCUGGACACCAAGCCGCUCAUCCAAAGCGUAAGUAAUCCCCUUGAUCCGUCGAAUAAUGCCCAAUCACAGCAGACAAAGCAGGGGAAGCAAAUCACCCUGAUGAAGACCACCACGUACACGGAGUUCGUGGAGAUGGUGUCGAUGGAUGUGCUGGUCAAGCCGGAGCCUUUGGUGGAGACCAAACCGGAGGUGACUGAGGUGACUUUGGAGGAGGAGACAGUGGUACCGGUGGCAAUACCACCGCCUCCGCCGCCGCCAGCAGCAGCAGCAACUUCGGGCAGAAAGCUGCGCGGAAGGGCCAAGGCGGUGGCCUAUGGCUCCACCAUGAUCACGCUGAUCUCCACGCUGAAAUCCUCGGCGGAGGUGCCGGCCACCAAGACGGUGCAUCGCACCACCUUGCGAUCGCUGGCCUCGGCGGCGGCGGCCACGGCAGCGGGACUGCUGGCGCCGUCGCCCACCGUUUCCGUUUUGAAUGAGAGCAAAGUCCUGCAGCGGCGCUUGGGCCUGCCGCCAGAUCUGCAGCUGGAGUUUGUGAACGGCGGCCAUGGCAUUAAGAACCCGCUGGCCGUGGAGAAUGCCCAUGGUGGCCAUCACCGAAUACGCAACAUGGAUUGCAUUGAUGAUCUCAGCAAGCAUGGCCACCACUCGCAGCAGCAGCAGCAACAGCAGCAGCAGCAGGGCUCGCCACAGCAGCAGCAGCAACAGCAGAGCAUGCAGCAAUCGGUGCAACAGCAGUCGGUGCAGCAAUCCCUCCAGCAGCAGCAACAGCAACAGCAGCAGCAGCAGCACCAUCAGCACCACAGCAACAGCAGCGCCAGCAGCAAUGCCAGCAGUCACGGCUCCGCCGAAGCCCUUUGCAUGGGCUCAACCAGCGGCGGAGUUAACGAGGACUCCUCCUCGGGCAACAACAAGUUCGUGUGCCGCGUCUGCAUGAAGACCUUCUCGCUGCAGCGACUGCUCAAUCGGCACAUGAAGUGCCACUCGGACAUCAAGCGAUAUCUGUGCACGUUCUGCGGCAAGGGAUUCAACGACACCUUCGACCUCAAGCGGCACACGCGCACCCACACGGGCGUGCGGCCGUACAAGUGCAAUCUGUGCGAGAAGAGCUUCACGCAGCGCUGCUCUUUGGAGUCGCACUGCCAGAAGGUGCACAGCGUUCAGCACCAGUACGCCUACAAGGAGCGCAGGGCCAAGAUGUACGUCUGCGAGGAGUGCGGCCACACCACCUGCGAACCGGAGGUGCACUAUCUGCAUUUGAAGAACAACCAUCCCUUCUCGCCGGCGCUGCUCAAGUUCUACGACAAGCGGCACUUCAAGUUCACCAACUCGCAGUUCGCCAACAAUCUGCUUGGCCAGCUGCCCAUGCCGGUCCAUAAUUAGUAAAUGGAUGGGAUUGAAUUUAGAUAUAGGAACUUAGGCAACAACCAACAUUGUGACUUUGAAGUUUUUUGAAAACUGAAAACUGCCCCCCCGCGGAGGAAACGGAAUUUUUGGAGAUUAUGCUUAUUAUGUAUAUUUUUGCCUAGCCCUAAGUUUAAUUAGUUAUAGCUGUAGAAUCACGCUACUCCACUACUCACUUUGCUGUGCAAAUCUGUCUCACUUGAAACUUUUGAGCCUUUUGUUUAUAGUUAAUCUUGAAUUUUCCAUUUAAUGCAAUUAUUUUUUUUUCGGUUUACCGCUUCUUAGUCAAAAAAUUAUCGUAGAGCUAAGAAAUGUUUUGAAGAAGCUUUGAGCAACACACAAAAAUUAUGGAUUAUCAAUCGUUUAUAGGUAUAUUACAAGAAAAUAUAUAUAAAAAAGAUAUAGCUGUAAGAUGUUAAGAGCUAACAACCGAACAAGCUGCAAACGUUUGCAUUUAUUUGUCUUCAACAAAAGC